AGCAUCCCUUCUUUUCUCCCGCGCAUUCUUCUCUCCCGCCGCACGAAAGUCACCCACCGUUGAAAUAUUUCAUUUUCAGUCAAUUUAGUCGAUAGGGUGUUGUUAAUUGCACCCCCACUUUCGUCUCUCACCCUCACCCCAAUUCUCUUCGUCAUUCUUCUUCUUCUUCCAGCGCCAGCACUUCUCUCUCUCUCUCUCGCAUCCAUUCAGGUGGCCAUGCUCUUGGUUCUUUUCAUUGAAUAGCACUGAGCAACAAAAUUGAAAAAUAACACUUGCAGAACAUUUUCAUUGUAAAUUUUGAUCAAUGGGUUCAAGAUCUGCGGAAGGAGAACAAUCAUCGCUCGCUGAUGAUUAUGAUGCCUUGAUUUCAACCACUGAUGUUGAGCUUCUCAAGCGAGCAUGGCGUAACGAAAAGGCAGCCCCCGAGAUUCUUCGUUUUGAAUCUGAUUUGAUCAACCGCGUCAAAGGACAGAUUGAAUUGAUGGAAGAAACUGUGGAGGAGAAAUUGUCUGUUGGUAGUGACCCUCUUUCAGUAUCUCUGUAUCAGAUGGACUUAGAUAGAACCUUAUUUCUAUUAAGGUCAUAUCUUCGCAUCCGCAUCCUGAAGAUCGAAAAGUACAUGUUCCACAUCCGAAAAACUCAAGAACUUUGGAACAGGCUUUCUAGGGAUGAGAAACUUUUCACUGAAAGGUGCACAGAUGACCUGAAGGAACAUCUGGAGAGCAGUGUUCUAUCGAAACUGCCUGAAAAUUAUCAGUCUUACGAGAGACAAUCUGUCAUUAGUGAAGAGGAUGACAUGGUCCCAGAACCCAGACUAGACACAUUUGUUUUGUGUAGAAGUAAAGAAUAUCUCACAGGAAUUCAACUUGAAGAUGGACCUGUUGACGACAGGUCGAAGCUGUUUGAGAUGGAGCCUGAUGUCCUUUACUUCAUAUGUUACAAGUCGAUAAAACCACUUGUAGAGAGUGGGAAAAUUGAUCUACUAUGACAAGUGAACAAUGUUGAUAUUGGUGCAAUGGUGCUCAUGAGACCCCUCUAUUGCUAUUGUUACUUGCUAAGAUUAGAAUUUCACUCGUGACAAUGCCCGUUUUCUGAAUACUUUUUUAUGGAGUUGAUCCAAAAUGUCAAAGUGGAAGCGCGAUGAUUUAUUCAGUAGGUGUUUUCCUGAAUCAAAUAUUUGUUGUCAUUGUUUUUAUUUAUGUUGUAAAAGAUCUGCAGAAUAGCAAGCAAUAUUAGCCAAUAGUUGUGAUGUUAAAAUUUUUGCCACAAAAAUUACAAAUGAUUUGGCAUGGUUCAGAAGUAUUGUGGUGGCUUAACUAUUCUUUUAGGACUGUUAAGCUUUAUAUAUAACAUAGUAGCCAAUGGUUGCUUAAUAUUAGCCAAUACUCAA